GCAGCAAUCGUCAAUCUCGUCGUCGCCCGAGGAUGUUCGGGGUCGUGUUCCCCAACCGGAGCUUCCCGAUCGACAUCUCCACCUUCGCCCAAAUCGACACCUUCCACUGGGUCCUCGACAUGAACACCUUCGUCGGCGAAGCCUACGACCAGGUCCGAGAGAUGUGCAUCUUCCUCCUCAACGGCUUCACCCUCCCGCCCAACAAGGCCCUCGCCGUCUACGUCCAGUCCCCCGGGUCCCCCUUCGUCUACUGCGGCGCCGUGACCCUGUCCCGCCCCUCCGCCGUCCUCCCCCUCCCGUGGCCGGAGCCGGGGGACGCGGGGGCGGGGCAGCCGCUGCAGCUGACGUCGCCGGACGCGGCGCCGCUGUCGGCGAAGAUCGGGGUGUCGGUGGAGGACGUGGGGGCGCUGGCGUCGCUGGACGUGGCGGCGGAGAGGAGGAUCGAGCGGAUGGCGAUGAGGGUCGGGGAGAACCUGUUCAACUUCAUGCAGUCGUUCUGCGGCCUGGACGGGAGCAAGCUGGUGGUGCCGACGGACAUACUGGACCGGUGGUUCAAGAAGUUCCAGGAGCGGGCCAAGCGCGACCCGGAGUACCUCAAGGGCUUCGCUUUGUAGAUUUCCUUCGUGUUUUCCUGGGCUUUUCUCUCGUUUCUCCUUUCUUGGGUUUCGUGUAUGAAAAAGUCUUUACCUAACCGGUCCUUUUGCCUCGUGA